AUGACCAUUUCAUGGGUAAGGACUUCCUGCGGCAAACAACAAGCCCACAUAGAUUUCCAAUGUCUCAAAGACGAUCAUGACGACGGCGACGAUGACGUCAUCCUGAAUCUUCAGCCGAAUAAAUGUCAAAACCACGUGAUGAAUCGUGACGUCAUAGCCAAUGAUGAUGGCCGUGGUGAUGGUAGCGAUAAUAGGGAGAGUGAUAUCAUAGAUAGUGACUGCCAUCCAGAUUUAGAUGUGUCACUCAGUGGCUUGAAGCAACCACAGCAGCCCCAAAAACGCCAAUCGCUGUCGCAGUAUCAACCGUUAGUAAAAGACAAAUCUCUAGCAAAUUUCCUAGCAACAUCAGACUUAAAGAACUACUAA